CGGCCUCGCGACCGGUCGCGCGAACGGGACGAGUAUAGCACCAGCGGGGCGGGCAUGGGCGGCGGACCGCCGCAGGGCGGUGGGGGCUACGGCCACGGGCAUGGGCACAGGCAUGGGCACGGGCCUGGGCACGCCUACGACGCCCACUCAGGCAUGCACGGAGGAGGCGGACCCGGACACAGCGCAGGCUACGGGCAGCCGGGCUACCCAAUGCCGCCACCGCCUGCUGCUGGUCCGGGCUACGGGCGCGAGCGGCAGGGCCACGGGCACGAUCGGCCGCGAGUCCAUCCGCGCGCUGGGCAGCAGCUCUGGCAGGGUCGCGACCGGGCCGAGCGGCAGGGCCACGGCUCCCAUCCGGGCGACCAUCAUCGUGGCGGAGACCGCGACCGUGACCGUGGAACAGACCGUGGUGAGUACCGCGGUGGGAGUGGCGUGCCAGCUGCACGGAGGUCGUCGGUUCAUGGCCGGCUGGGCCCGCGGCCGUCGGAUGCGGCCGCAAGUACGUCACGCGACAUCCGCCGCCCGCACAUCGACGUCGAGUUUAAGGCUCCCGACGCCCAGCCGUCACCGCGAGAGGCGGCUGUUCCCAGCACGCCCAAAAGCCAACGUGCUACCAUCCAGCAGAGCUUUCCGUACCAGUUGAGCCAAAGCGAGAUCGAGUACGCGCGCGGGAUGGAGGCAGCCGGCAAGGCGGUCGCCGCGUUCAACGCCGCCGCAUGCGAAGUCGUCGCGGCCAAGUACCGGCUCGCCUACCUCGAGCGCUCUCUCGCAUCGAUCGACGACGAGGCCAAGGUCUACGGCCUGGACCUGGCGCCGGCUGUAGAGUAA